UCGCGCUGCGGGUGCUGGCCCAGCGUCCGCAGGCUAGGCUGAGGGGUAGAGGGUUUCUCCUUGAGUCGAGGGCCGCGUGACAGCGCCGUACGAUGGAGCGGGCGAAGAUGGCGGAGGAGAGCCUGGAGACGGCGGCGGAGCAUGAGCGGAUCCUGAGGGAGAUCGAGAGCACAGACACGGCCUGCAUCGGGCCCACGCUCAGGUCUGUCUAUGAUGGUGAGGAACAUGGGCGCUUCAUGGAGAAGCUAGAGACUCGCAUCCGCAACCAUGACCGAGAAAUUGAGAAAAUGUGCAACUUUCACUACCAGGGCUUUGUGGACUCUAUCACUGAGCUGCUGAAAGUGCGAGGAGAAGCCCAGAAGCUCAAAAACCAAGUGACGGAUACUAAUAGAAAACUGCAACACGAGGGCAAGGAACUGGUAAUAGCAAUGGAAGAGCUGAAGCAGUGUCGACUACAACAAAGAAAUAUUUCUGCCACUGUUGAUAAGUUAAUGCUGUGUCUUCCAGUCCUAGAGAUGUACAGCAAACUGAGGGACCAGAUGAAAACUAAAAGGCACUAUCCUGCUCUGAAGACUCUGGAGCAUCUGGAACAUACCUAUCUGCCUCAAGUGAGCCACUAUCGAUUCUGCAAGGUGAUGGUGGACAACAUCCCCAAGCUUCGGGAGGAGAUAAAGGAUGUUUCUAUGUCUGAUCUCAAAGACUUUCUGGAGAGCAUCCGCAAGCAUUCAGACAAAAUUGGAGAGACUGCCAUGAAGCAAGCCCAACAGCAAAGAAGCCUGGAUAACAUUGUGUUGCAACAGCCUAAAAUAGGUAGCAAGAGAAAAUCUAAGAAAGAUGUUUAUACAAUCAUUGAGGCAGAGAUGGAGAGCACAAGCCCGAAGUCUGAACAGGAUUCAGGAAUUCUGGAUGUUGAAGAUGAGGAAGAUGAUGAAGAGGUACCUGGAGCUCAAGACUUGGUGGAUUUCUCUCCUGUAUAUCGGUGUCUGCACAUAUACUCUGUCCUGGGUGCCCGAGAAACGUUUGAGAAUUACUACCGAAAACAAAGGCGAAAACAGGCUCGUCUGGUGCUCCAGCCUCCAUCUAACAUGCAUGAAACUUUAGAUGGCUACAGGAAGUAUUUCAAUCAAAUUGUAGGCUUCUUUGUGGUUGAAGAUCACAUUCUGCACACAACCCAAGGCUUAGUGAACAGAGCCUACAUUGACGAACUGUGGGAAAUGGCUUUGUCCAAGACCAUCGCAGCACUGCGCACCCACUCGUCCUACUGUUCUGAUCCAAACCUGGUGUUAGACUUGAAGAACCUCAUUGUGCUCUUUGCUGACACACUUCAGGUGUAUGGUUUUCCUGUAAAUCAGCUUUUUGAUAUGCUGUUAGAAAUCAGAGACCAGUAUAGCGAGACUCUGCUGAAGAAGUGGGCAGGCGUUUUCAGAAACAUACUUGAUUCUGACAACUAUAGUCCCAUACCAGUAACGAGUGAAGAGAUAUACAAAAAGGUUGUAGGACAAUUCCCAUUUCAAGAUGUAGAACUGGAAAAGCAGCCAUUUCCCAAAAAGUUUCCUUUCUCUGAAUUUGUGCCAAAAGUUUACAACCAGAUUAAAGAAUUUAUCUACGCUUGCCUGAAGUUUUCAGAAGAUCUUCAUCUAAGCUCCACGGAAGUUGAUGACAUGAUCCGUAAGUCGACAAACCUGUUGCUGACCAGGACUCUGAGCAACUCUCUGCAGAAUGUCAUUAAGAGGAAGAACAUUGGCCUUACUGAGCUUGUCCAGAUUAUCAUCAAUACAACACACUUGGAAAAGUCCUGUAAAUACCUGGAGGAAUUCAUAACCAAUAUCACCAAUGUGCUUCCAGAGACGGUUCAUACCACCAAGCUCUAUGGUACCACGACUUUCAAGGAUGCUAGACAUGCAGCUGAAGAAGAGAUAUAUACAAACUUAAAUCAGAAGAUUGACCAGUUUCUGCAGCUGGCUGACUACGACUGGAUGACAGGAGACCUGGACAACAAAGCCAGUGAUUACCUAGUAGACCUCAUCGCCUUCCUUCGCAGCACGUUUGCUGUGUUCACACACCUUCCUGGAAAGGUGGCCCAGACAGCCUGUAUGUCAGCUUGUAAACAUUUAGCCACCUCCUUGAUGCAACUUUUGCUAGAAGCAGAAGUAAGGCAGCUCACUUUGGGAGCAUUACAGCAGUUCAACCUGGACGUCAGAGAGUGUGAACAGUUUGCCAGAUCCGGCCCGGUGCCUGGGUUCCAGGAGGACACGCUGCAGUUGGCCUUCAUCGACUUGAGACAACUAUUAGACCUCUUCAUUCAGUGGGAUUGGUCCACAUACCUUGCUGACUAUGGACAGCCCAACUGCAAGUACCUCCGGGUGAACCCUGUGACAGCUCUGACCCUGCUUGAGAAGAUGAAAGACACUAGCCGCAAGAAUAACAUGUUUGCACAGUUCCGGAAAAAUGAGCGAGACAAGCAGAAAUUGAUUGACACUGUGGCCAAGCAGCUCCGAGGACUCAUCAGCAGCCACCACUCCUGAAUGUUGGCCUUGGGCCCAUAGAGGCCACUUAUCCAUAGCCAAUGGUCCAGAAUCUCCCCUGGGCUGGCCCUGCAUUUGUGCAUUCUUCCUCAAAGAGAGCAUAUGUAUUUUUUUAUUAACCCCUGUACAGUAUUCACAUAACAUUUCCCUGUAGUAAGAGAGGCACAAGAAUAAGCAAGAACACAAGGGCUUAGAGGAAGUUACUGCCACACUUUCUGUGUUAUCCCGGGAAAGCUGUCAGUGCCAGCAUGGUAAGCUGCCUAUUAUCCAGCGCUCCACAAUUCAGUGGGUGCCUGGGAGUUGAAAUGAAGUAAAAGGAUGCUAAUACGUAUCCAAUUUGCUCCCAGGCUCUCAUUUAAGUGCAUAGAAGAGCCUGGGAGACAUUCCUAUGUAGUAAACCAAAGCCAGCCUCUUUUUAGAAUAUCCAUCUGCCUCAUCGGCUGAAUAAUUGGCUCAUGAGAGUAUGGCAUGGGGUUGGGGAGUUAGCUCAGUGGUAGAGCACUUGCCUAGCAAGCACAUGGCCCUGGGUUCAGUCCUCAGCUUUGGGGGAAAAAAAUAUGAGAGACAGUAUGGCAUGUGGCAAAAUGACAGUUUUAUUCUGGUCACGUAGGUGGCAGUUUUAUCACUGUAGGUCUGACUAGGCCUUGUGGCUUGGAAAGGAUAGUAAGCUAAGUAAACACUUGGGCCUGUACUGAAAAGUAAGCUGCCCACUGGGGAGGUUGUUUUUCUGAAUCUUGAAAGCCAAGUUGGGUCAGGACCCUAGCUCCAUUGCCAUUUGUCUCUGUUCAUUCUUUCAUGACCAUAACACUUGGUUCAGAACAUAGGUCAGCAGUGGCUUUUGAAGGUCCCUGAGUGAGAAUCUCAUACUCGCCUCCAGCAGCAACAUCUCUAAAUGAUCAGAUCCCCUGAAGCCUGAAAAUAGCUGGGUGCCUUCACCAUGGGUAGAGAGAGCUCAUGAUUUCUUGAGAUUGCAGUCAUGUUUUAACAACAGCCUUCUGGCUACCAUCUUUAAAGAAAAAAAUUGUCACAAGCCCUACAGUUGUGGGCACAGCCACCAUAAGACCAGAUAUUUCUCGGCAUCGAUCUGUCACCAUGAGGUAGACAGGGUCAGCUGUAGCUAAUGGCUUGUUGCCUCUGGCCCAGCUGUCAUCAACUAAGUCACAUCAGAGAGACAAAGCUUGUCUUGCUCAAGCCCAGGGCUCCCAUCUUCUGAGCCAUCCCUUGGCCUCAGCUGAAAUGCUUUUCUGGAGUCGUAUCUCUGAUCUCUGGAGCCUGGGGCAGCCAGAUAGCCCCCUGAAACCAUGCAAAGGCUUAACUGUGAAGUUGGCCAAAGGGAUUUAUGCUCUGAGGUUGACUGCUGGUAAGAGGCUAAUUACAUCAUAGAACAUUGACCAAGAUGUCACAAAAGUGUUUCCAGCUUCAGUGAUGAGUGGAGUGACUGGUCAAUCAAUCUCUCAUUGCCUUUGUCAGCUACUGUGUGCUUCUGGGACAGCAGUGCUUCCAUAUCUCCUAGCUUACCACAGUCUACCCCAUUUGAACACACUCCACUCUCGCAGUAGCCAUCUUGAACACCAACAGGAAGAGAACACCAUACAGAGGUCCAGCUUCCUAGAACUAGAGAGAACAAGCCACCCAGGUGCUCUUCACAAACCUGCAAGUCUUGUCCUCUGGCUACACAGUGGCCCAAAGGUUUAGGAGUCACACAGGAACACCCUAAACUUGAUUAGCCCCAGGCAGGCAGGGGCCUAUGGGAAGGGAGACAAGGCGGUCUCUCUGAGCCCUGGGUUUAUUGAAAAGGGUAAGAAAUGAUUCCACUAACCUGAAGUCCUGCUGACUGAGAAGGAAGGGAAGGCCCUUCACCAGUGCUUGUCAGCCCUGAGAUCAUCAGUGGGCUGUCACAGCAUUUGUCUUUUUAGGACACUUAUAAUCACUACAUCUUGCUGUUUGUCUACUGUCUACUUCUGUCCCGAAGAAACUGACACAGAUGGAAUGAAGAGCAGGUGGAGGAACAAGGCCACUGUACCUUACACACCAGAGUCCUGCUGAAGGGAAAUUUCAUCCAGUCUCAGGGUGUGUGAGAAUGGCCACCUGGCUUUUCUCUUCCUGCCUCUGCAUCGGCCUGUACUGUUUCCUAACAAAAGGCAGCAUGCUACUUCUGAGCUGUGGUAGCCAGGAACCUACAAUGUCAAGGAGGUUAUGGAUUGGUGAAGGGGGAACUUUUUUCCUUUCCUUUUCUUUUUUUCAUUCCAUAGGCAUAAAGCUGAGCUGGCCCUGAGGACUUGAGCAAGUAUGUGUGCCCUUAGGCCUCAGACGCUGUGAUCUUACCUCAGACGCCUGCGGACCACGUGGGGUGGAUCAGGUGUCUCAGGUGGGGUGAGACCCUGCUGCAUGGAGGUCUGCACCCUUCCAGCCAGAUCCAUAUCCUUCAGACAGUCUGGCUUGUGAGCCUUGCUUCGGCAAUGGCUCACUUAUUUUCACCAUUCGGGGGGGGGGGGGGCUCAGUACCAGCUAACACUGGUAUAGGUAGAGAAGAGUAGGAGCUGCACACAAGACCCCAGAGUCCCUGUUAGCAAAAGGAGUAUCUCCCCCAGUGACGCUGUCGUGCACCAGGCCCAACAGUCCAUCUAGCUCCACAGCAGGCCCCAGGCCCAGGGGUGGCACUGGCCAGGGGUUUCCCACUUUAGACCUCUGAGCGCAGGCUUGGGGCGGCUUCGACAAGCCUCCCUCAGAAUGCAUUUGAUGUGCCCUCCUCCCUCUGCCCCUUCAUCCCGCCUCUCUCAUUCGGCUGCAUUUUAGUCACUUCUUCCUGAUGUGUUGGAAAUAGCUUUUUCGUUUUGCACAGUUCCACAUUUGUGGGAGAAAUGCAGUGAGAUCCAGCUGUACCUCUGAAAGGGACCUUUUUCUCUCAUGCUCACCAGGAAAGCAGCUCUGCUCCAGCUAGCUGCAUAAAGGGGGUUCCUCUGUGGAAAAAGCAUGAGUAUACCAUUCCCUUGUACACAGUCCUCUUAACUGCUAUUAAAUGAGAGCCUACA